AUGCUUCGGCUUCAACCUACGACGAUCAAGAUAGCCAUACGCGAUAUUAGCGACGCCAAGCGUCGAAGCCGCUAUAGAAAGCACCUACUCAGUCGUCAGAAGGCCAAUCGAGUACGCGAUGACCUCACCCAGCAUGAUCAAGAAACCGCGCUUCAAGAUGCCCUCAACACCAGGAUCGUAACACCAACCACUGACUCUAGCACUGGACAAGAAACGCCGGGGUCACCACUUCCUCCGCUAGAUUACGGUACCAUCAGUUCCGAAGAGGACACGCUCUACCUGGACGUUGAUCGUGGCAUCAAUCGCUUGCCUCGACAACCAGACCAGCAUCGACUUCCUUUCCGCCCGCGACAAAGCCUGGGUAAGGAGAGUUCCGUAACAAAUGAGGAUGAACGCGCUUCGACAGAGCAACUUCUGGCAGCAACUCUGGACGGAUCAACGUUUGAAUCGGAAGAAGUCAACGACGACCACCCGCAGACUUCGGGAGAACUUGUAGACUUCCCCGAAGAUGCUGAUGGGCUGUCAAUCUCACCGACUGACGGAGCUGGAGGGUUUGAGCCUACGACACCCCGAAGAUAUUUCCCUGUGUACAGUGAUCGCCUACCGGUUGAAGAACAACCUCAAACUCCAAGACAACUUCCAGAAGCUCGCCAUCAAAGCAGGUUUGACGGAGCUUACACGGCGCCAGUUCGAAGACGACGACCGAGAGCCGAGAUUGACGAUGCACCAGUGACAGUAAGGAGAAGGCGUGCUGGACGCAAUACUAGCCCAUCUUGUUUCUCCAUAAGUGAUGGAAGAUCCGUGAUAGUUCGAAUUUUCAGUUGGUCCGGCUCCGGGGGGCUCCAGAUCCAGCCAUUCGCGGCAACGAAAAUUCCAGUCAAGCAAAGUUUUGUCAGAUUGGAUCUGCCUGGCUUGGCUCUAGUCACCUCAGGCACCAGGAGAGACAGAAAGGCACUGGACAACGGGAACCAAUGCACAGUGUCAACUCUCAUAACUGUUAGAGAUCGGAGUGAGGCUGCAUGGUUUCCCAUCACAGAACAGAAUACGCUUUUCAAAAUGUCGUACUUCAGCUCUCAAUUCUCUUCCUCUCCCGUCCUUACCAUGUCUCCCCAACAUGCCCACCAGUCUAUGGGCAUGGCAAGCUUCGGACACCACACACCACCUCGAUUUGCACCUAUGCCAAGCCAAUUUGCUGCUCAGCCUGUUCGACCUUCGGCAGCUGGUAGAAAGCGUUCCCGGGAUGAGGCCUCUGAAAACCUUGAGCCUGACAUGAAGUCCCUGCCCGUUGAAGAGCCCGAAGAGGAAUGGAUCUACGGCCCCGGCAUGACCCUCAUCAAGAAGAGCACUCGCUACGUCACAGAUGCCAGCAGUCAAUCCGGCACCUGGGUUGAGGAGAAGAAGGCUGCUGAAGAGGCCGCCAUCAAGGAGGCGCGCUCUCUGAUCAGAAACCCCAAGCUGCAGCGCGUAUCACCCACUCUAUCAAGGGCACCUGCAGCCAGCACUUCUCCCCUCCAAUCUGAAGCCAAGCCUGCCAUUGAGGGUCCCAUAGUUGAUAACUUCACUCUGCACCUCGGUAUUGGCUGGCGAAGAAUCAGCGAAGAAGAGCACAUCCAAGCCGCUGCUCGUGGUUGGGCCCGCUAUAUCGAAAACCACUUCCCUGUUUCCAACGCCGGAAUCCUUCUUGAGAGCAACGGUCUCCAGUCGUAUCUGGUGGAGACCAACGAGGGCUUCUUCCUAUUUGCCGAGAACCUCCGACAAGGCCAGCUCGUCAGCCAGACUGCUGAGGGUGCACUCCGAAAUCUUCAAUGCUCUCCUCCUAUCUUUGACGGAAUGGAAGUUCUUUCAGCGGCUGAAUCUCCCCGACCAACCAAUGCCGUCCCUGAUAUGGACAUGAGAAUGGAUUAG